AGCAUGCCAUGCUGCUGCCGUUAUGUAGCCACGUCGUUUUCGCGCAGCUGCCGCGCAUUUGCCGCGCCCAGCGUUCGGCUCGCCGCGGCCGUUCUGGAUCCCAGCCCCGCCCACAGCCCCGCGACGACCGCCGCGGCGACUCUUGCCCCCCGAUGGCGAAGCGCGGCGGGACUCCUGGCCGCUCCUCGCUCGGGGCCGCGCCGCCCGCAAAGGUCGCCAAGGCCGCCGCGCCCGCCGGUGCCUCGACGCCCAGUCCGAAGGGCGGUCGCCCCGAGAAACCUCCAGCGCCCGCCGCCCAGAUUCCGAGGAAGGUGCCUCCAGGCGCCCCUGCGGGCGUCGAGGCGCCGCCGCUGCCGGAACUCCCCGUCGGGGCGGAGGCGGCCAAUUACAGCGAGGAGAAGACUGAGACCUUGAUGCGAGCCGUCGUCGCUUACAACAGGUACCACGUUCGGCGGGUCAUGAGGGAGGACUCAAGGUGGUUCAAAGGAUGGCUGGACCGGCCCGUGCACGAGCACCAGCCCCUCACCAUCAGGAGGCCCGAUUCCGAAGACGACCUGCUCACGUACGUCAGCCCGUGGAAGAGGGCCGAGGCCCUCGUCUCGUUCAACGGAACGGGCACGUACAAAGGGGGCGGCAACGUGUUCUGGUUGGACCCUUUCGUGGGGUCGUCCGGGAAGAUGCGCUCCAUUGCUGGGGACCCGCCGCUCUACCAGGCGUGCCUCGACGCCGCCGAGCAGUACGCCCUAGGCAAGAUACACCAAGAAGGGGUGGCGCGGGGGACGGUGAGCGCGGCGCACGAAGCGAGGAUCAAGUUCCCCCACGUCUUCACCGCUUUCGGUUGGAAUUUGGGUGGGUUCGACGCCGACCAUUUCGACUCCUCUCUGCCGCUCGUCUGCGGUCACGUGGCUCUAUGGGGCUUCCAUCUCGCUCUGACGAAGGCCCUCGUGGCAGGUAACAUGGCAUCAGUGGCGGUGUUGGUCCAGGCCGCCCUCUGCGCGCCCAUCGAGGGCGUCCUCGUGGAGUCCGAGGAGAAGCUCUCCGUGCUCUCCAUGAUGACGAGCGACGCCGCCCGCAGGCAGUACGACUACCUGAAGAAUUCUUUCCCCGCGUUCGCUCGCAAGCUCAUGGUGGCCCUGGACGGCGCCACGACUAAAGGGGCAGCGGCCAGGCUCGCAUUCUGCACCGACAAUAGCAUCCGCUUCAACGGCACCGUCGUGUACAGGAGCAUGCUCUGCGCUGCGCAGAACUGCCACGACAGGCUCGACGACAGGGCGAUCCGCACCCUGCGCUACAUCGAGAGCAAGAGUGGAGCGAGCAAGUGCGACCUCACCUCGAACUUCACCACCCUGAACCGUAUCCUGCAGGUCUGCACGAAGGAGGUCGAGAAGGGCAACGCUGCCAUGUGGGGCGCAGUGACGGCAACCGAUCUUGUCAACCACGUCUUGGACUACAUCGCCUGGGCCCUCGACCACGACCUGGUCGCAGGAGGUGGCGUGACAACGUCGUGGCUGGAGAAGAAGAAGAAGGACAGCGACGAAGCAGGGGCGAUGAGGAUGACACUGGCGAAGAUCUACGUGCGCGUCUUCGUCCACUCCCUGGUGGACGACCUCCCUGACUCCAGCAGCGCGAAGCAGGAGUUCCUCCGCGUCUUGCCUCACUUCUCGAGCUACGCUGUCUUCGGCAGGACCUUCGGCGCCGCGGCUAAGGGUGCUUCGCCGCCCGCGGGCGGCGAGGGUGAGGAGGAGGCCGACACGGCGGGCCAAUGUGGGGUGCUGGUCGACGACCCCUUCGGGAAGAUGAAGGCGCAGACCUCCGGGGCGGCCGUGAAGCUGCUCGAGUUCUUCUUCGACCUCUUCAGCCAGAGUUUCGACGACAGCCUCCGCGAGUUCCUGACCGCGGACGCCAACGUGAAUCAGGCCGUGUGCCAGGUCAAGUGGGAGGAGUGGUCGCAAGCAAACCUCGUGGACAUCAGGAGGACGCUGGGCCUCCACAGGAUGACUGUGCCAGCCGGCGAGGGUUCUGAUAUGCCCGCUGCCUCGACGCGCGGUCUGAAGCGGAGCCUCUCGGCGGCAGGCGACGACGGGCCGGACGACGAGGACGCCGACGACCGCGAGAAGGAGAUCUGCAAGGAGCGCGCGGAGGCGUGGAGCCAGGCGCAAGCGCUCCGCCGCAAGUGGCUGACGCCCACGUUCAUCAAGACCGACAGGCUUAGCAAGGAGCACCUCGACAAAUGGUGGGAGAAACAGUCGGCCGCCCAACAGUUCGAGGGCAACCCCGGCAAGUCGCAUCGCGUCUUCGUGUUGUCGGGGGAGAGGUGGGCCCACGAGACGGGCGAGACUCCGUGGGCGGACGAGCCCUCGUCGCCGGCCUCCCUGGACGUGGCGCUGGACUGGCUCUUGGAGCGGCAGGGCCCGUGCGACACGCUCCUCGUCUUCGACGGCCGCUCCUCCUCGAUCCGCGCGACGAUGGAGAAGAAGAUGAAGAACGCUCGCCACGUCAGCGACAUCUGGGUCAUUUACCAGCCGAAGAAGGAGAAGGGAGGGCAGAAGGCCGUGUUCGGGUCCAGGAACCGCGAGGUCGGUUGGGUAAGCUUUCCCGUAUCGAAGGCCCACGUCCCGACGCAGGAGCGCAAGGCCGCGCGCAGCGGAGGGAACGACUGGGAGUCGACCACCUACUCGUCCACAUUCUCGAGCAUGGUCCCCUUGGCGUGGGGCCAGCUCCCGAGCAUCGCCCUCGCGGACAAGGCAAAGAUCAUCGGUGCCGCGGCGCCCGUGCCCCCGCGCGCGACGUUCGACGCAGACCUCGGAUGCCCGCUGUGCUGGCAGGAGGUAAAGUCCAAGGACCUCUGGAGCGCUGUGCUGGAGGCCGCGAACGCUGACUUCGUGGUGGACUUGGGCGUCGGGGGCGGAAUCGCGGCGCGGUCGUGUCUCUCUCUCGGCAUCCCGUGGGUCGGCCUCUGCUGGAACCAGGUGCACGCUCAGUGGCUCAACAACGUCGUCGACCGCUGGACUCUGGAGGAGAUCGCGAAGAAGGGUUCCCCCCUGCACGAGGAGGACUUGGCGAAGCUCGUGCGCGAGCACUUCUCGGACGUGCUGCAGCAGAUCAAGGACCGCGACGAGAUGACGCAGGAAGACUCGGAGGACGAGGAGGCCGAGGAGGAGGGGCAGGCGUGAGCGCGCUAGCAGGGGGCAGAGCCCGAGCCAGAGCCUCGACGCCUGGCAGGCUCGAGCCUCCGUCCGCGCCGCCGCGAUACCCCGCGCCCUCGCGGGGAGCGGCUCAGAGGAUCUUCUCUCGAGCGCCUACACGCGCCUUUUGCGAGAGAAUCCUCCUUCGAUUCGACCCGUGAUGGGUCCGCGUCCGCCAGGAAACAUUGCUUGACGCGUGCCGUUGCCAUGCCCAGGCCGUGCCGUUGCCGUGCCCAGGCCGCGCCGUUGCCAUGCUUAGGCCGUGCCGUUGCCAUGCCCAGUCCGCGCCGUUGCCAUGCCCAGGCUGAGCCGUUGCC